AUGCGAGUGCAAACUGAGUCUGUGAUGAAUAUGAAUGAUAAUGCUGUUGAGGUUGGGGCGGCAGAGGCAAGAUGGUCUGCCCCUCCCCAUGCAUAUCGUAAAGUAAAUGUUGAUGCUUCUUGGGAGGGAGGUUCGAAGCUAGCAGGUUUGGGUGUGGUGGUUCGGGACUCGAAUGCUGUGUGUUUGGGCGGCAGCUGUAAAACCAGAUUGGUAGCGUCAGCAAUUGAGGUGGAGGCGCACACAGUGUUGAGUGAAGUAUAUUUAGCUGCUCAAAUGGGGAUAUCACAUGUGGUUUUUGAAUCUGAUUCAAAGGAGUUGGUCCAGUCUGUCAAAGGCCAUAUUCAAAGGAGUAGAUGGACUAUUUUCCCCAUUCUAACGGCAAUUCCAAGAGCCUGUAGUGGUUUCAGUUCGUACUCUUGGAAUUGGGUGCACCGUGGUGCAAACAAAGCAGCAGAUGCUGCACCUUCUCGAGCUAGAAGGAGCAUGUGUGAUGAGGUUUGGGAAUCCAGCCUCCCAUCCUCUUUGGUCUUUGUGUUGCAAGCUGAUGGGCUCCCAGCUUAUUUUUCAUCUCUUUCUACUGUGGCUGCUUUAGUUUCGCCGUAG